GAAUUUGAACGGGGCGCAACGAGCGUUCAGUUUUCCGCGGACUGUUGGCGAUGCAGUGCCCGGUCGUGCGCGUGUGUGUCGUUCGAAUGCGACGAUAAGACUGAUUCCCCUUGAGUAAAUUGCCGAAACACGUGGCUCACUCGCGAUGUCGGACAGCAUUAAAGUGGCCAUCAAGGUCAGGCCGCUCAUCAAGCGGGAGAGAGAUGAAAACUUGCCGAUGCAAUGGUCGGUACAGGGCAACACCAUCGUGGCUGUUGACGCGGAGAUGAGGAAGCGGAGCGAUGGUGGAUUCGAGUUCGAUCACAUCUUCGAUACGAGUGCCACUAACGACACAGUGUUCAGCACGACUGUAAAGCCUAUCGUCAACGCUGCCGUCAAUGGAUUUAAUGGCACCGUGUUUGCCUAUGGACAGACCAGUUCGGGUAAAACGUAUACGAUGAUGGGUGCCUUGGAGGAACCUGGUAUAAUACCGUUGGCGAUCGACCACAUGUUCGAGGCAAUAGCCAACAUCCCAGAACGCGAAUUUUUAUUGAGAGUAUCCUACUUAGAAAUAUACAACGAGAGAGUCAACGAUCUCUUGAACAAGAAUGUAGUGGAUCUCAAAGUACACGAAGACGUAAACGGCCAGGUAUUUGUGAAGUGCAAGGAGGAGGUUACAAACAGUCCAGAGAAUGUUAUGUUGAUAAUGAACAAGGGUAAUAAGAACAGGCGGAUAGGCGAGACAAACAUGAACGAGCGCAGCAGUAGGAGCCAUACAAUAUUUAGAAUUACGAUCGAGAGUCGAGAAGCUGAGGCUGACUCGGAUGGUGCAGUACAAGUGUCGCAGUUAAAUCUGGUGGAUCUCGCUGGCUCGGAGAAAGCGCGGCAAACAGGCGCCACUGGCGAGCGUUUUAAGGAGGGAUGCCACAUUAACUUGUCCCUGUCCACGUUGGCGUUGGUGAUCAAGCAACUGAGCGAGUCGCAAGACGCGCAGAAAUAUAUAAACUUCCGCGACAGCAAAUUGACAAGAUUGCUUCAGACUUCGCUGGGCGGAAACGCGAUGACGGCGAUAAUAUGUGCGGUAACACCGGCCGCGCUGGACGAAACCCAAUGCACACUGUCGUUUGCGUCAAGGGCCAGAAACAUCAAAAAUAAACCUGAACUGAACGAAGUCAUGUCCGAUGGUGUACUUCUCAAGCGUUAUGCAAAACAGAUUGAUAUGUUAAAUGUAGAAUUAGAAAAAAUGAAGCAACUAGCUGGGACGACCGAUUUUCUCGAGAUGGAAAGUAAAAUGCAAGAAAAGGAUCGCGUGAAUCGGUAUCUUGAGAAGCGUAUCAAAAUGUUGCAAACUCGGAUAGUCAACGGUGAUACUCGCAAUAACGCGCAAUCGUUCAAGCAUAAAGCGAAAAGGAGACAAACCUGGUGUGCUAGUGGUGCCUACAAGCUGAGCAUGUCCACGUUUCAACCGUGCGCGAAUUUGUCGCCGAUUAAAGAGAUGUCACCCGUCAAAUCGUACAACGGAAAGUCGCCGAACAUUACCGAAACAUCGUUCCAGAUUGCUUAUGCCGACUUCGAGCUGGAGCUUAUAAAGAACGAGGAGGAUUCGUUGCAGAACGAUGAAGAUUCAGCGUUGAACAGCGAUGAGGACUCGUUCAUCACGUAUCGUCGGCAGAAUCGUGUCAGGUUCGCGGAUAACGCAGUACAAAAUCCUGGGCCCAGCAACCCAGAGAAUUGCAACGCCACCCCUGAGAAGACCACCUCGGCCACUCAGACUGUCAGUCCCGGUACACCGAGGGAGGUUCUACGGAACCAGAUCCGCCAUUUAGCAGAGGAAUUUUCGCAACUUGAAGAAUACACGACCCUGGAGAAACAAGUGUUCGUCCAAGACCACGAAGACGAUCUAAAGAAUAAACUCGCGAGAUUAUCGAAGUUGGAGAGGGAGAUGCAGAACAUCGUAUCCGACAAGGAGAACUUCGAGCACAUUGCGUCCGAUCUUCGCAAGAAGCUGACUGCGGCCGAAUUGCGUUGCGCCAUGGCGGAGGAGCAAGUACAGGCGCAGACGAAUAAGCUGCAAAAGGUGCCGGAGCUCGAGAAGAGAAUAGCGCAGUUGUCCACGCAGCAGAUGGAGGCGCAGAACGUCCCGGAGCUACGGAAACAGGUAUCUCUUCUUACGGCCGAGAGGGACAGUUACGAGCACGUCGCGUCCGACUUGCGGAAGAAGCUCAACGAAUCCGAGCGACGUAACGUUUUACUGGAAGACAAGUUAGCGACGCCGAACGGAGAAACAUCAGUUGUACAAACGCCGUCCGAGGCGUUGGAGGACCGGCAGUCAGCGCUGGAAACUCGAAUCGCUGCUCUGGUGUCCGAGAAAGACGAGUUGCAACGUAAAGUAGCUGACCUGCAGGACAAGUUGACGGAAGCCGAAUCGUGCAAUAAUUCGAUGAAAGAUCAAUUGAGUGAGCAGCAGUCGGUGCUGCAGAAUCUCCAGGACCUGGAGACGCAGGUCAACAGUCUUACAUCCGAGAAGAGCGUGCUCGAACGUACCGUUGGCGAAAUGCAAGACAAACUGAGAGAAACCGAGGAGAUCAAUAAUUCCAUAACGAGUAAAUUGAACGAACAGCAAGAGGAGAUUCAGAGGUUACAGGGUCAAGAAGAGCAGAUCGAACGACUCACGUCCGAGAGGCACGAAUUUGAACUUACUAUCGGCGAACUGCAAAAGAAACUGUCGGAAGCAGAAGUGGCAGCUGACGCGAUGAGCAGUCAAGUGGAUCAGCAAAACACGCACGAAACUGAUAAAGAGCUGGAGAAGCAAAUGCAGGAUGCUGCAAGGGAAAACGAAGCAGACACGCGCAAGAUCGACGAUCUGGAAGUCACGAAUGAAACACGUGCAUCGAGUGAGCAUGCGAUCAGUAAGCACGAGCGUGUUAUUUCUGAACUGCAGGAAAAACUGAAGGAAACAGAGUUGCGCAACAGUUCGAUCGAGGAGGAGUUGAGCCUACGGCAAGUGGAAACGCAGAGAGCCACUGACGAGCAGAGAAAAUGUACGGAGAGCUUCGCGCUUGAAAGGAGCAAGCUGGAGGACACGAUUUGCGAGUUGCAAGAGAAGUCGCGUAAGGCGGAAUUGCGUAACAAUAUGAUGCAGAACCGAAUAAACGAGCAAGAAUCGCAGUUGCAGAAGAGUCAUGAUCUGGAAAGGGAGAUCGAGUGUCUCACGUCGAGAACGACCGAGUUCGAAUGCACGGUCCGCGAGCUGCAAGAGAAGCUAGCCAAGGCAGAGCAAGGUAUUUUGCCGGAAGAUGAACCGAACGAACGACAAUCGCAACGAAUUCAAGAACCGGAGGAAACGCAGGUCGAGGAAUUGGCGUUCGAGAAAGGCGAGCAAGAGCGAGUGCCUGAAAAAUUGCCUGAACAACCGCUGAAGAGUCCUGACACAAAGGAUAAUUGCAACGAUGACGAAGUGAAUCAUCUAAAACAUCGUAUAAACGAUCUGCAGGCCAUCGUCAAGGAUCUUCAAAGAGAGAAUACACAUCUGAAGGAACACAUGUCGACAAAAUCGGUGACGUCGGAUCACGAACAUGACUUGAGCGAUUCAAGGAUCAUAGGCGAUUUGUCGAGCUCGAGGAUAUCUUCGGAAGAGGAUAGCGCGCGAUUGACCAUGGACCUCUUCCUAAAGAAUCAAGAACUGGAUGAGAUCAAACAUGACGUGCACAGCAUGAAGACGGACAUAAUAAAUCUGCAGGAGACCAUAUAUCUCUUAACAAACGAGAACAGCGAGCUGGCGAGUAAACUCUCGGCGGAGAAAGAGUGCGCGGAGAAGUCGGCGAGCAGCUUCCAACAGACAAUCGAUGAGCUGUACGCGCGAAACUCGAAGGUCGUGGACGAGAAGCUGAACGCGGAGAGCAACUUGGCAAUACUCAGCGAGCAGAUGAGAAGUCUCCGUUCGAGGAUAACGGAAGAAAACCUGGACGAGAAGCAGAUCACCCUCCAGUAUGAGGAACAGCUCAGCGCGUUGACGGCGAAGAAUACGGAACUGUUGUCCAUCGUCGCGGAGAGGAUGAACGAGCUCGAAACGCUGAAGGAGAGCAAGUCGUUAUUAUACGAGCACGACUGCAUGUACCAGGACAAAUUAACGGACCUUACGGAGAAAUACAACUGCCUGACAAACGACUACAAUGAUCUUUCCACUGCAUUGAUGGACAAAAUUGAAGAGAACGAUGGCUUGAGACAAGAGUGCACAAUUUUAGAAAGUAAACUGAAAUUAUCGUUGGAAAGCAAAGAGGACGUUAAUGAUGACGACGCAGAGCAGCUGAGAACGGAGAAUACCUUGCUGAAGACCGAGGUAAUGGAACUAAAAGUUAACGCGAACGUUUUAACCGAGGAGUAUGCCAAAAUGUCCAAUCAGUUGAUGGAGACUCUAGAAGAGCUGGAUGACGCGCGAAAGAUUAACGAUACGACUUUACAUUUGUCGACGUUGUUCAACAAUACCGCAAUCUUGAACGAUGUAACAGCCAAUGAUGAAUCUACAAAGGACAACAAUGGCGAAACAAAGAUUGUAAAUCUGCAAGAGGAAGUUAAUCAUCUCACGCAUCUCAACAGGAGGCUCAGCGAACUGAAACUAAGUACCUGCAUUCAGUGCACGCAUCUGAAGGAGCUGAACGAGAGUCGAAGAAUGCUGAAGCUCGAAGUGAAAUCUCUCAGUCACAAGCUGGAAGACUUGCAGAGGAAGUUCGACUGCAAGUCCGCGAGGAGCGACGCGCUCAUUAUGAAGGCCAAAGAGGACAUGAACUUGAGCUUGUGCAGUUCCUCGCUGAACGCGAGUGUCUCCGAGAACUUGAAUGUCAGCUACGUCGAAGAUCGGCUUCAAUCUCUGAACAGUGAACUGCAAACUCUGAAGGAGGAGCACAACAAAUUGUCGGAUCUGUACAAAGAAAAGUGCAACGAGAUCGAGGAACUGCACAACAGUUCUAUCACGGACGCGGCGAAUGACAACCCGAAUCUCAGCUCAGUUAAGAAAUCUCCGAAUAGAACGAGAUUGGACAACGUCAUGAAAGUCAUGAACGACCUGCAAAGCGAAUUCGAGACAAUCAAGAAGAACAACGUGAGCGUCAAAACGGAUCUCGCCAAAUUUACUGGUGAGAGGGACUCUCUACUAGUUGAGAUCAAUUCGUUAAGGACCGCUAAUGAAAAUCUACUGCAGAAGCUGUCUGAGAACGAACAUUCGCAAAUGAGCGCGCUGGAAAAAGUGAAGAUCCUCGAGAACGAGAUAGCAGAUCUGACGAAAAAGCUGCAGGAGUUUACCGUCCAGUAUAAAGAGAUAGAGAACGCGAAACUGAUUCUUGAGAUCGACGCGGAGAACUUGAAGGAAGAUAAAGCGCUGAAGGAACGCAUGAUAAACGAAUUACGUCAAAGUCUAGCCUGUCUGCAGCACGAGCUGGAUGUGAUAAAGGAACACCGGAAGGAGCUUGAUAAUGGCAACAAUUCUCUGGAAGAGGAGUACGAGAGGAAACUGGAAUUGCUGAAAGUCAAGAACAAAGAGUUGUCCGACUCUAAAUCGACCGUCGAGCAGGAACUUGUCGCUUAUUCGAGAGAAUCAGAAAAUAAACUAACAGAACUUAACGAGAAGAUAAAUAGAUACACUUGCGAGAACGAUUAUCUGAAACAGGAGUUGAUUAAACUACGUGAUAUAGAAGAGAAAUUCGAAAAAGUGAGGAACAAAUACGACUCCAAGGUUCAACAAGAUAAGACGCUUUGCGACGAUUAUAAGAACAUGAAGAAAGUGUUGAACGACACUUCGAACAGCAUCAUCAGGGAGAUCAGAGCGCUCAAACCUAUAACAGAGACUCAAGGAUUCCUGGAUAAGUCGGUAGACGAGUUGUUUCAGAUAUUCGUACAUACAAUUCUGGCAAAAGAGAAGGAGAUCGUGCGAACGAUACGCGAGACCUUCGACAAGGAGAGGCAGAAGCUCGAGGACGAGAAGCGGCAGAGCGUCGACUCGGAGAAGCGUACGACGCUUUGGGCGAAGGAACUGGAGAAUGAGAUCGAGAAGCUUCAGGGAGACUUGUCCGCGCAGGAAUCCGCAGUUGAUUGGUUGCAGAAGGAGGUCGCGCGUGUGCAACAGCUUCUGGAGGAAAGAGAUCGCGACAGGGAUGCGUUGACAGAGAAGAUCAGCCUGCUCGAGGCGGACUACUGUAACGUGCAAACCGAGCUCAGGAAAUAUUCCAAGAUUGAUACUGAGAACGGAGAAGCCGUCGUCAUCGCGCAGAAGCGGCAGAAACAGGCGCAGGAGAUGAUCAAGAGUAAGGAAACCGAGUUCCAGAUGAAGCUGAAAACGGAGAAGGAGGCGUUCAACAUGCGGAUAGAGGAGCUCACGUGUACGAUCGACUCGUUUAAGACAAAGAAUAUGGAGCAAACGAACAACAUCGAGGGUCUCGAAGCUAAUCGGAAACAGCUGGAGAACAUCAUCGACUUGAAGACUAGCGAACUGAUGAAGAGCAAUCAGAUUAUUCAGAAAAUGCAGGCCGAGUCGGAACAACUCACGGAAGCAUACAACGAGCUGACUCGGGAGUUGAAGGAGAACAAAUUGCGCAUCGACGAAAUCACGGGACACCUGAAGACCAAGAAUGACGAGCUAACAGAAUAUAAGACUAAUCUCGAGAUUAUCGUGCCGGAGAACAAGCUGCUGAAGCAACAGAUCAAUGAGCGCAAAGCCUGCACAGAGCAAUACAAGAUCGAGAUAGAGAGAUUGAAAAUGCAGAACACGCAGGAGUUCGACCGGCUUAAGGAUCAGUUGAGUUUUGAGGAACUGAAGAACGUCGAGUUGAACAAGCAGAUCGCCGAGCUGAACAACAAGAAUGCCGCUUUGACGGAGGAGAUGGACGCUCUGCGGGACAAUCACGCGACGUUGGAGCGCAAGUGCGGGUCGUUGGAGAGGCGAGUGAGGAACAGCACGAGUAAGAUUCAAGCGGAAGAACAAAUGGAAGAGCUGAAGGACCUGAACAGAUCUUUGCGGAACAACCUGGACGGUGCCAGCAAUCGGAUAACGGAGCUGCAGGCCGCCAAGACGGACUUGAUGAAGCAGCUGGUCACCUUAAAUAGUCAACAUGAUGCGAUAUGUAGGGAGAAUCAGGAACUGAAAGAAACGCUGUCGUCAUACAAGUUCAAGCACGACGGCAACAGCUACGAGAAGCAUGACGCGCUGGUGCGAGAAAAAAACCAGAUCGCCCUGGAGCUGGAGGCGACGAAGUUCCAAUUGAAUCAGAGGAACAAGGAGAUGGAGAAAUGCGCCGAUGAGAUCAAGCAACUGACGGAGAAGAACGCGGAGCUUGACCAUGAAUCGGACGAGCUGGCGGAGGUGAUUCGCGAGCACGACGCCGAGAAUACGAGGCUCCAGGAUCAGCUGUACACGUGUCGUGCUGAGGUCGAGGCGUUGCACGAGACGAUCGAGGCCUUGAAGAAGAAAAAUCCAGAUGUUCAAACACGAUCCACGCCGAGGACAGACGUGUCCUCCGAGAAUUUGGAGACCAAGAUACGGGAGCUGCAACUGGAAAUCGUGUCGAAGAACGGGAAGAUCGCGACGUUAGAGUUGCAGAUACUAAGCGGAAGUUAUCCUUAUCAGGAGAAGUGUAAAGAGCUGCAGGAGCAACUGCUGGCAUAUCAAAAUAAGAAUAGCGAAUUAAAGGCGGAAGUUAAGCGGCUGCAGACGGCCAUGCUGCGUACGUGCGCGAAAGAAUGCGAUGCGUGCAAGCAGAGAUUCAUGAAUAAGCGAAAUCAAGCAUGUCAGACGAUUCCCAACAACGUGGUGCGAUUUUGUAGCACGAGUAGUGGUAUAAUUGCUGAUGAUAUAAAAAUACGGAAAUUGGAGAAGGAGAAGACGCUCAUGAAGGAUCUGUGUCGCUCUCGGACCAAGAUUAUAAAGGAAUACGAAAAGCGCAUAGCGGAGUUAGAAAUGUUGCAGCAUUCCAGUUCAUAAUCCAACGAGAGGUUUCCCACAUUGCUAUAAAGACCAAAAACCUCCUCUCCCCUUGUUGAUUUAAAAUAUCGCAUUAUUUUCCUCAAUCGUUUUAUCGCGCGCCUAAAUUAAAAUAAUUACCUAAUAAUAGAUUUUUAAGUUUAUGUGUCAUACUAGUGUAAAUAUUUUUAAGGACUGCGACAAUGUGCACAAUAUAGUUCGAUAUUUUUAUACUGCAGAUACGAGUUUCUCGAUUAAUUGUUUUAUACGUUUGUCAAAGAUAGUAACAAUAUAUUUUUGUGCCAACUAUACAUUUCUGAAGACGCACAAUGUAGUACUACAUUCAAUAUAGUACCGCCUGUGAUAUAACUAGAUUUAUCUUAUCAGGAAACAUAGAAUGUACAUAUGAAAGUAUUAUUAAUACCGAUUAAUCGGCGGUUGUAAUAGUAUUGUACCUUCUGGUGUAUUACAAUAUAUCGAAGAAAACAGUA